AUGCCACCACAACUCUAUUGGCGAAAGUUCACCCGUGACGGGACGGCUGACCAGAAUACCCUGGCCGAUGAAAAGUUUAUCGCUGAGAAUUUCACUGACUUCUUUGGGAAAUGGCUGCAGGAUGAAGAAAACUCCAAGGUCAUUACCUGCCAUGACCUGGUGAUGAAGUUUUGGGAUGUACAGAAUGAAGACGGGGAUCCUGCGUACGAAGUCAACACCUUCGCAGUGGCGGAUGCUGGCUGGUUCAGCCGGAAGAAGCAUCCAGACUGGAAAUGGCUCAGGCCCUUCAUACGAUUCUUAACAGUGGUAAAGCCCAGUGACAGUGAUUAUUUCGAUGCCGGGCCUGAUGAGUGGAGUCUCGCCAUCAGGGACACUUUUGAAGAAGACACCCCGGCGGAAUAUCAGGCCUGGAACUACUUUGGCCACUCUCAAGACGCAUUCGGCGACUCCUCUUACCUUGGACCCUUCAACGGACACGUGAAUGGAGCGUGCAUUAUGAAGGAACUACAUGCGCCUUGGAUUCAUUGGUUGGGGGUGGAAACGGGCAGUUUCAAAGACGCCCUCUCCGCAGACGAUAUCAAAGAGUUUCAAGAUCUCCGCUGGAUUACACAAGAAGGUGGAGAUGUUCUCUCUGCAAUCAACACCAGCCCACGCGUCCUGGAAGAGGCCAUUAAACAAGGAGUCAACCACUGGUUUGACACUCGCAAGUCGCUUGACUACCUCUCAAGCGGUAAAGUCAAGACAAAUCCUUCCAACAUCCCGAGAUGGGUUGCUCAUCUGUUCCUCACUACGACCAUCAACAUUGGAUGUGCUCUAUCCGACGGGCCAACGGGGAAGUACAUACUUCCUGCAAACCACCUCUAUGACAGUGAGCUGUUGAGCGCCGUGUCUACAAACCUGAUGCCAAAACUUUCACCAAUAUUGUUUGAUGAAAGCGACUAUAAGAAAGCUGUCAAGAAUUUGCAAUUAUGCAUUCUCAUGCCUGCACGCGACGAGGAUGUGGCUGAUGUCGUCCUCCCUUGGCAUGCUCUUGGGGGUGACAAAAGAGAGGACCCAGAGUUGAAGGAUUUGCGCUUCAUGAAGCUCCAAGAGAAUAGUGAGGGACUCUCGCCAUUCAAUAUCCUCCAUCCAUCGUACGAGGACGCCAUUGGAGUCCAAGAGAUGCAAAGCAUCAAGAAGUUGCCCAACCCAGACCACACGGUCCCCGCAUCCUUUAUCGGUCUCUUUUCAGCUCAGACGUUCAACGCCAUCAUGAUGGUUGACUUCUGGAACCCCAUCUACUCUUGGAAGCGCGGUAUCCUGAUGCAAUAUGUUCCUCUCGAGACGACAUUCGACGGAAAAGAGUACGACUUGGACGCUCGCUUCGUUGAAAAGGUCAGGAACUCUCCGAAUGCCAAGCUCGAGGACACCCCCGAGUACGAGUUUCUUCAGCUUCUCGAGACAAAACUUGAGACGCAUCAGAAGACAAUCGGUGCAUACUUUGAUGCUAUUCAGGCUCGCAUCAAGAGUGAACCCGUGGCGGCAUUGGAGGAUUACUUGACGUUGGCCGAAUCCCGACGACGUAUCUACCGACCCCUACCCCUGGACGAGUUUGGCCCCACGAUGUCCUUUGCCCUCAAGUAUCCUGAUGUCAAUGUGCCCAUGUACUUGGAGAUGAAACCGGAUGCCACAAUUCGGGAGAUUCCAUCACGCGGCCAGACAUUCUUGACAAAGUGGACAAGCACCUUGUCUGGGCUUGAUCCUCAGAUACUUCCAUCCGCAGAGUCUGAACCCACCCAGGCUCCUGUUGCCAUCGAUGCCUUGCCAAGACCCUCUCGGCUUGCUGCACCCUGCCAAGCAACCGUCUCUCAAGGAGGACCGGGCCCUGCCCCUGUGACCAAGGGUUGUCCAUUCAUGUCUGCCAAAUCAACCGCCAAAACCACCAGCGAUAGGACCUCUACAAAGCUUGAGCUCGUUACUCUUACACCAAAGAGAAGCCCAACUUGGACCGAUGACAUUCUACCUCUCAUCCAAACCCCGCACUGGGUCUCCGGUGACCCUGCGGCUACGGGCAACCUUUGGAUUGAGAAGAUGGUGGAAUGGGGUCAGUGGAACCUUACGAGUUACGAGGAUGUCAAGGAGAAAGCUGUCGGUAUCUACCGACACCUCCGGGCCAAGUCCAUGCCAAUCACCCGGGAUCCUCAAAACUACUGGCCUGAGGAUGCUUUGGAAACAUUUCGAACAUGGGUAAACGCAGGAUUCCCACGAGAUUCAUCCGACUCUCCAUCCCCCGACAUUCUCAUCCUGAAGCCGAUAGACGCACCUGAGUCUUUCAAGAUUAGGAGGGACAUCAUGACUCUCAGCAGGGAAGAGCUUUCAACUUACCAAUCCAAGUUGGAUGAUAUUCUUCAGGUUGAUGCCCUCGGGUCCAAGUGGCAGGAGCUUGGACAGCUGCAUGCGUACUGGUGCCUGCACUACCAGGAGGCAACCUUCCUUUGGCACCGGGCCUAUCUACUCUACGUGGAGAAGCUUAUCGGCUUUCCAAUUCCUUACUGGAAUGGAUACACUUCCGAAGCUGCUGAUCCAAAGUCAGAGUUUGCAGGCAUUCCUCCCAUGUUCCUCGAAGACAAGUACAUCCAUCCAGCAGAUGGAAGUGAACGACCGAACCCACUCAAGUUUGCGCUGUCUUUGAAUGGUCGGUCGAAAUCCGGUGAAAGCGAGUUUGUGACUCGCUCUGCCACGCUCACGGAAGGCCCAUCGUCUCCGGACUGGGACCGGAAGAUUGGGCUGUUCAAGCUAUACCAUGAGCAGAUAGAGCAGGCUUUAAAGCAGUCGACCUAUACCACCUCCGAAACGGCCGAGCACUUUGGAGUGCCUUGGGCAAACAUUACCACUUUCUCAGAGGAUCAACGGGAUUGCCUUUACCCGUACCGCUUUGACUUUGACGGCUUGUUUGAGCAAGUCCACGACAAUUUCCACGGCUGGGUUGGUCCAGAUAUGGCUGAUAACACGUACACUGCGUUCGACCCCAUCUUCCUGUCUUACCACGCCAACAUGGACCGUCUUGCGGGCAUCUUUAUCGACGCUCACCCCGAGAGCCAGUUUACCUCUGGAUUCCCACUCCAGCCUUUCAUCAACAACGGCACUGAUGUUAGCUACGAUGAUCCACGUCGAUGGCGCUACACGACGAUUGGCGACAUGGCCAAAGACACGCGCAGCUUGGGAUACAUGUACGCUGCCCCUGAACGCCGGGAUGUCUUUACGCCCGCAUCGGCAGCGGAACGAGGCAUUGCAUCGCCACGUGCCAGCGGUGGUCGGGCUAUUAGUCUACCAGCCGGCAUUCCCAACCAAGCAGAGGCUAAACACGGCAACGAAGUCAUCAAGGCUGCAACAACAGCUCCAGUGGAGAAGGAACCGUUUGUGGUUUUUACUAGAGUCGGCUGUACGACUUCGAGCUACCGGAUUGAUGUAUUUACAGCCGGUGCACAGUCCUUGGUACCAGAUGUCACGACGAAUCCAAAUUUCAUUGGGCAGGUUACACGGAUUGGCAUGGGGCGAGGGAGACAAGGCAAGGGGCCGCCCAACUCUGGUCGGUGUCGCAAACCCGCUGCAACAAGAGUUCUUCCCGCGGGGAAAGUCAAGGAGCAGCUGUUGGGAGAAUCUGGUGUCGAGAUUGUGGUGACCAACGUAGAGACUGGAGAAGAGGUGGCCGAGGAGGAGUAUGCUAAGAUGCCUGGCUUUACUCCAAAGGUUGUUUGGCUCGGAAAGGAAGGACCUUAG